CCUCCUUCCUACAAGCAUGAGGCUGGCCCACACCACUGUGCUCUUGUGUGCCUGGGUCAGUCUCCAGGCCUUUGAAAUCGUGGAGAAGGAGAACAUCUUUCAGAGGACGCCCUGCCCGGCUUUUUUGAUGUUUGAUAACGCUGCCUAUCUGGCUGACAUGAGCUUUGAGCUUCCCUGCCACUGCAAACCUGAGGAUGUUUCGACCGUGGUCUGGUAUUACCAAAAGCACCUGGGGAGCAGCCACACUGUUGUGCUUACUGACUUCGAUGGGCGGUUGCUCACAGAGGCAGCUCAUGUUCGAGCAGGCAGCAGCAUGCUGGUCCGCUUCAGCAUCCGCAUGUUCAGCCUGUUGGUUUUCCGGGCUCAGUCAGAGGAUUCAGGCUUAUAUUUUUGUGGCACCCACAAGGGGGACUAUUUUUAUGCCUAUGAUGUGGACAUCCAAAGUCAUGAGGGAAUGGUAGCCACGUUCAAGGACAAGGGCCAGGAGCCAUUGCCAGAUGAAUACUACGGAAGCCUCCAUGUCUUCACUACCUUCUGGGAGUGGACCCCCUGUGACCGCUGUGGGGUGCAUGGGGAACAGUGGCGCCUUGGACUCUGCUACCUGCAGAACCCUGGUCUCUCCCCUCGGUACCUGAAGACACUGCCCGACGUUGUGUCCUGUGGCUCUCGGGCUGUGCCAAGGAAACUGCGCAUCAAGACCAGGUACCACACACCUGAGCUGAUGAUCAAGAGCUGCCUAGUGUCCUGUGAGAAGAGGACUCAGGUCCAGAAGGGUGUGCUAACAAUCUACAACUACGUGUCCAAACUGGGCAGCCGGCCCUGGUUGCCUCAGGUGCCCAUUCAAUUCCAUCAGCAGAGGCUAGGCCAUGGCCUCAUCAUCUCCUGUCCCGGGGCCAGGCCAGAGCAUGCUGUGGCCUGGGACAAAGACCAUCAGCCCCUCUACCGCACACAGUACCUAAAAGGUGUCAACAGAUCCAUGAGAGUGUUCAUCGACCAUGGCAACCAUCUCCAUAUCCGCUUCACCCAGCUGAGCGACCGGGGCAUCUAUUACUGCUGGCGGCAAGGGUUGAAGAUCGCUGGGUUCCGGUUGGGAGUAACAUCUCGCGGACGCUACCCAGCCUCGCUCUCAGACCCUGAGACUCGCAUUGCUGUAGAACUCACCCUGGUAGCCUACCUGCUCAUCACGGCCGUCUUUGUCACCAUUCACAUUUGUCGUUGCUGUUGCUACUCAUUUUGCCAUUGUCCCAACUUCUCAACCCAUACCCUUCUCCAGCUGUGAAAACUAGUUGUAUUUUAAUAUGUUUGUU